ACAUAACCUCAGAAACUUCGUAAUUUUUGUAAACAAAGUGGUUCACCAUGUCUGGUGAAGAGAAAACUCCCGCUGCAGCCGUAACGCCACAGUGCCAGUUCUUCGUGCAGCGCAAAAAGCGGCUGUGCCGCAUGACCGUGAAGCCGGGGCGCCAGUACUGCGGCGAACACGAACCGCAGCCGAACGCUGAAGCUGACCAGAUGGACAAGAGAAUACCCUGUCCAAAUGAUCCUAAGCACACCUGCUACGCCAGCAAGCUGCUGAAGCACCUGGCGAUCUGCAACGCGCGGCGCACGGAGCAGCCCCCCUACAUCAUGCACAACAUCAAUGCUCCGGAGGCGGUGGACACCUGUCCCAGGCGGCCCCUCGGCUCAUACCCUAAGGAUGCACUUGCUAAGGUCAUUGAUAAAGUCAACCAUCUGUAUGCUAAGCAUGUGGAAGGCCACAUCACAGCGCAGCCCCCUCGGCCGAUCCACCGUGCAGUACUCCCCGAGUUCAGCGAGGAGGACCGUGCGGAGAGCUCCCGACGGCACUUGCGGCAGGUGUCCGCGCUGCUGUGGGCCGCCCAGCACGCCGGCCUGGCAACGCCAAGGGCUUGCUAUGUGGAGCUAGGAGCCGGCAAGGGCCAGCUGUGCUACUACGCAGCUCACGCGUGGUGCGCCAACACCGGCGGCCGGGUACUGGCCGUGGACCGCGCCCCGCUGCGGCACAAGCGCGACAACAAACUGCGUUCUGCUCCUCCCACACACACAGCUCCGAGUGAUAAUGCUACGGAAAGUAGGGUCAGCAAUAUAGAUCUCCAAGACCAGAAAGGCGAUGUCGGUCCUGAGGACAACCAACUCAAUAAAAUUGACGGAGUAGAUGGUAAAAAGUUAAGUACACCCAACAAGAUAUUGAAGAGAAAUAAUAUAUCAAAUACAGAAUCUUCUGAACAUUCAACUAACUCAAAGGACACCGGUAAUGGAGAGACACUUGAUAAAAUAUUGAAUAGUGACAAAAUAUCAAGAAACAGUGAAAAUUCAAAUGUAAUAUGUAACUCAAAAGAUGGGGAGGAUGGAAUAUCAACUACAGAAUCUAAUUAUCAUAUAACAGCUAAUUCAAAAGACGGGAACGGAGAGACCCGAGAGACAGAUAAAAGUAAGGAGAGUGAAGUGGGUGUGCGGAUUCGCGCGGAUCUGGCUCACUUGGCUCUGGAGGCCGUGCCGGUCGUUGCGGAGUGCGAGGCCGUGGUGGCGCUCGCCAAGCAUCUCUGCGGGGUCGCCACGGAUUAUGCACUGCGCUGCAUAGCGGCGCCAGGCGUGGUGUCCAAGACCAGAGGCGCGGUGCUGGCGACGUGCUGCCACCACCGCAUCGAGCAAGCGCUCUACGUAGCCAACGAACCACUAAAGGAACUAGGUAUAGACGCCGAAGAAUUCAACAUAAUGCUCGGCAUCGUAUCGUGGGCGACCUGCGGCGACGGGCGCAGCCGCGAGCGCCGUCUCCUCGAGCCUCCUCAGGAGGCUCAGGAGGCUCAGGAGGCCGGGAGGAGGCAGGAACAGCGCGAGGAGACGGGGAGGCGCGCUAAGGCUCUGUUCGACUGGGGGCGCGUGCUGUGGCUGCGCGCGCGGGGGUUCGACGCCCGGCUGUGUCGCUACGUGCCGAGGGACGUGUCGCUCGAGAAUGUGGCCAUUGUCGCCGUCAAACGGUGA